UGCUUGUCAAUAUACUCACGUUUGUAUUUUAUUGCAAUUUUAUGGUUAUUUCUUUUAAUUACUGUUGUUUAGUUUAAAAACUUUAGUUAUAAUACAAAAUUAAUGUAAUUAUCAUGGCUUGUCGUAAUUGGGGAUUUUGCGAUUUAUCUGUAAAUAAUACUUAUGAACUUUCUAAAUUAGAUACGAUACAAAAACUGGAAUAUAAUACAAUAGCAAUAAAUACUGUUGUGGAAGAAACUAGUGACGAACCUAAGAAAAAGAGAAAAAAAGGAGACUUGAAAGAAAAGAAAGAUUCUAUACCUUCGCCUAUUGACAUCCCAAAAGAUAUACAAGACAACACAAAAUUGAACAUUCUCCAAAGAUUGACACUCGAGUUUUCGGACUCAAGUAUAUCUCAUAAGAUGAAUCAGUCAGAGAAUCUGAAAAAGUACGAUAUUAUUGCUGUGAUACCAAAAACAUUACAAGCAUUUCAGUAUGCAUGUGGCACUAUGGACAUUGAUAUAAUCACUUUUCAACCAGAAAGUAAAAUACCUUUCAAAAUAAACCGUAAGUUGUACAGACAGGCUACAGAAAGAGGUAUAUUCUUUGAACUCAUGUACUCACCGGCUAUCCGUGAUGCAACUUCUAGGAAGAAUAUAAUCAGUACAGCACACAUGUAUCAUGCUAUUGGCAAAUCAAAAAAUAUAAUUAUAAGUAGUGGUGCUGACAACCCUAUCCAUGUUCGACAUGUUCAUGAUGUCAUUAAUAUAGGAUUUCUUUUGGGUUUGAAUAGUAAUGAAAGCCUGGAGGUAUUAAGGAACAAUGCUAGAAGUUUAAUCCUUAAAUCAAUGGGGAGGCGAAGUGGUAAACACUAUAUUGAAAUAAAAGAAUGUGACAAUAAAAUAUCUAAAUAAUAAAUCACUUUUUAUUAUUUAUUUAAAUAUAAAAACUAAUUCAUUACAUUAAUAUAAAUAUUUACUUAUGAU